AUUUUUCCCAUUCACACAACCAUUAAACCAAAAAAAAAAAGAUUAAGUAUUCUUCAGUCCAAUAAAAAAAAGGAACCAAAAAAACUGAAAAUGGGUCAGACCCUUUUAGAUGCUCUUAACGUUCGGGUCGUCGGUUCCGGCGAAAGAGUUUUGGUUUUAGCCCAUGGGUUCGGUACCGACCAAUCCGCUUGGAAUCGAAUUUUACCUUUUUUUCUCCGAGAUUACCGUGUUGUUUUGUAUGACCUUGUCUGCGCCGGCAGUGUAAAUCCUGAUUUCUUCGAUUUCCGACGUUAUACGACACUCGACCCUUACGUUGAUGAUCUUCUACAUAUUCUCGAUGCUCUUGCUAUCGAUCGUUGUUCCUAUGUCGGACACUCUGUCUCCGCCAUGAUCGGAAUUCUCGCUUCGAUUCGCCGCCCUGAACUCUUCUCUAAACUCAUCCUCAUCGGAGCUACGCCCAGAUUCUUGAAUGAUGAAGACUACCAUGGUGGAUUUGAACUUGGAGAAAUAGAGAAAGUGUUUUCAGCAAUGGAGGCAAAUUAUGAAGCAUGGGUCAAUGGUUUUGCCCCGUUAGCCGUCGGAGCCGACGUUCCGGCGGCUGUACGAGAAUUCAGUAGAACAUUGUUCAACAUGAGACCAGACAUAACAUUGUUUGUGUCAAGGACUCUGUUUAAUAGUGACAUGAGGGGUGUUCUAGGUCUUGUGAAAGUACCAUGUCAUAUUUUUCAGACAGCAAGGGACCACUCUGUACCCGCUUCAGUCGCGACGUAUCUAAAGAACAACCUUGGUGGGAGGAACACCGUGCAUUGGUUGAAUAUUGAGGGACAUUUGCCACAUCUUAGCGCCCCGAAUUUAUUGGCUCAAGAGCUAAGGAGGGCUCUUACUCAUAGGUGAUCGAUCCCGUUGAAGCAGAUACAGAGUGGUUGAACUCAUAGAAUUUAAAUCCUGAAUUAUCAUUUGUUUGUGUCAACCAAACCAAAAACAAAGAGACAAAAGGACUAUGCAUGGUUUGUUUAAUUUUUGAACCUUUGAUACACUUUGUGGAUUUGUGGAAAAAGUUCGGAUUUUUACCCAAUAGGAUUUUGACAACAUUCAAGAAUAACAAUCCUUGCAAAAAAAGAAACUUGAAUACACAAAUUUUGAGUUUAUUAUUUUUGUGAAAA